CUUAAAAUGUUGUCUUCAUGUUGUUUACUGAAGGUUUUUAUAAAUAAAUAAAUAAAUAGUGUUGUAUAAGCGCAGUCAUGAGCUCUGUGUGGAAGAGACUUCAGCGUGUCGGAAAACGAGCGUCAAAAUUCCAGUUUGUCGCGUCCUGUCACCAACUUACCCUGGAGUGCACCAACAAGUGGCAGCCAGACAAACUAAGAGUGGUUUGGACCAGACGAAACAGACGCGUCUGCACCAAGCUUCAUGGCUGGCAGCCGGGCAUCAAGAAUCCUUACAGAGGGACAGUGGUGUGGCAGGUGCCUGAGAAUGUGGAGAUUAAAGUAACACUCUUUAAGGAUCCAAAUGCUGAUGAAUUUGAAGACAAAGAUUGGACCUUCAUCAUAGAAAAUGAGACAAAAGGUCGUCGAAAGGUUUUGGCUUCGGCGGAUGUAAACAUGAAGAAUUAUGCCAGUGCCACUUCAGCCACAUUUGAACUGACACUGGAAAUGAAGCCUCUGUCUGUAAAAGUGGUGGGAGCAAUGCUCAAACUCAGCGUGACCUGCAUCUUUCUGAAGGAGGGCAAAGCCACUGAUGAAGAUAUGCAAAGUUUAGCAAGUUUGAUGAGCCUCAAACCUUCAGAUGUUGGAAACAUGGAGGACUUUAAUGACAGUGACGAGGAGGACAGAAGGAUGAGUACAGGGGCGAACCGAAGCUCAGCAGCAAUAGCUCUUCUUCCUCCUGUUGGAAGAAUUAUUGACGAGGCAUGGAGGCCUGCUGUAGACACAAAUCUCCCCUACCCCCCAGUUCAUUCUCAAAUGGAUUCGAAGAGUUCAUUAUCAGCCUCUGUUCCUAACCUGCCUCAUCCAGUCCACCAUCUCUCCCACACCUCAGUCAAACCUUCUCUUCCAUCUCUCUCUACUGCACCCAUCCAUCAUCCCCACAAGCUUGAUUCAGCACAUUCGUCACGCCCCUCUCCAUAUGCCUUUACUCUGCCUGCAUUUAUCCGGGCUCAUCCUCCUGUGCUGCCCAAAAUCUUCCAGCCGGCAGCGGGCUCAGUGCCUGUAUCUGUUGUGCGAAGGCCCUCUGGUGGCCAGGCAGACUGUAAUAUGGCGAAAGACAGUAGCUCUGUAGCUUCACGUCCAAGGCCCCUGUCUUCCUCUUUUUCUGCUCCAAGAGCUUCUUCUUUCUCUUUCUUCUCCACCUCCUCCUCUUCCUCUCAACAGACUCCUGAACUUGAUAUUGCUCAGACAGCCAUUUCUGCUGCCCCGGAAGCAUGGAGACCUUUCAGUCCUCCACCUUCUGCCACUGGUCCUAAUUCUUCUAGUCUUAGCUCCUCCCUUCCUGGCUCUAUAACUCUCUCCACACCACAGAAUUUAAAAACCUACCGCGCUUCACUGGCUAAGCCCGGCUCCACCCUUACCAGACCAACUAGUUUGCCUUCAGCUAGUGAUACAGCAUCAUGGCAGAUGGAGUGGAAGUCCCCCGAAGUAAAGCCCAGUCUCUGUCCGGCUCCUGCUUUAGGAGAGCAUUUUCCUCAGCAGCCAGUCCAGAGCUCAGAGACUCUCCACAGGACUGCUUCACUGUCAUCACCUCUUUCUGUCCUAGGCCCUCCUAAUAAAAAAGCACUCACCACUGUGUAUACACCAUCAAGUGUCAAUACAUCUCCUUCUGUUUUGUACUUUCCCCAAGUGCAUUCACCCACUCCUGAUGUUUCUUCUGCUGUAGCUCCUCCUCUAUUUCAUCCUGCUGAGGUGUCUUCUUUCUAUGCGCCCCCUCCUUUGUCCACCCCUAAACCCUUCGAACCCCAAACAGCUCCCUACCAGUUCCCUGUUUCCACACCCCCAAUACAUAGCCCUGUAAACACCCCUGCUGCUUCAUUUCUACUUCCUAAACCCUCUCUGGCUAUUGUCAAGUCAUCUGGCAUCCUACAUACUCCUAAUCAAAAUGUUUCUACUCACCCAUCUUCUGUCCAAGUUUUUACCCCUGCUGUUCCCUUUUCGGCUGCUGCUCCUGCUCACUCUGAGGUUGCUCCUUCUGCUGUGACACAGCCAGAGUUGCAUAGACAGCUGAGCAUACUGAGGGAGGAAGAAGCCACUGCGGAUAGUUUUGAUGAGGAGAAUACAGACCACAAAACAUCUACUGCACUUCAAAACAAAGACUUAAGAUCCUCCACUCACACGGCUGGAACUGUUAUCACAGCCAAACAUAGUCCAGAUCCUUCCAAAGACCAGCAGCUAUCUGUCGCCCAGGGGACAAGGAAAUUAGAACUGCAGAUCGUGAGGCCAGCACCUGGAGAAGCGGCAAAGGAUCCCUCAAUUCUGCCUGUCCCAAUGCCUCGUGUGAAGAAACGUCUAAGCGCCACAUUCCCAGAGGAUGAAAUGCCCCAGGAGCAGGCUUCUACCAAAAAUAUAAAUGAACCACGUGAUUCCCUUCACACCAGGAGGAAAACAAGAACAGAAGCUGAAAACACUGCUACAGAAGAGACGGUAAGCCUUGUUGAUUCCAGCCAGUCUCUUCUAGAAUGGUGCCAAAAGGUAACACAAGGUUACAAAGGAGUGAGGAUCACAAACUUUAGCACCUCCUGGCGAAAUGGUCUUUCUUUUUGUGCCAUCCUCCAUCAUUUCCACCCUGAUAAAAUUAAUUUUGAAAUGUUGGAUCCAUAUGACAUCAAGCGUAACAACAAACAGGCUUUUGAUGGUUUUGCUGAACUGGGCAUCUCCAGACUGUUAGAACCAUCUGACAUGGUGCUGCUGGCUGUGCCCGACCGGCUCAUUGUAAUGACUUACCUCAAUCAGAUCAGAACAUACUUCACUGGUCAAGAGCUCAGUGUGGUACAAAUUGAACAGAACAGCAGUGAGUCCAGCUAUGCUUUGGGGGAGAAAAUCAAAAGUACAGACCCUGAUACUGCUGCCCGCUAUUAUGCCGAGAGACUCCAGACCAGCCAUGUUAGCCAGGAGACGAAUGGAAAUGUCGCAGACAAAAAGGAAAGUGGGAAUACAAAUACAAACGGGACUGUGGUAGCACCAACUCGAAACCGGCGGUCUCAAGCGGCAAGCCAGGCAGGUGGCUCAGGGGAAGCUCAGGCUCCAGUUGCCCCUCCAAGGACUCACACGUCAUCCACCAAAGGCUUUUCUCACGUCAGGGAUGCAGAUUUGGUGAAGAAACGCCGAUCGCUGCGGAAAGGGGAGUCUUUUGAGGAGGCUGAGACAUCAGGAAAAGCAAAUCCAACUGAGAGAAAAUCAGGUAUGGAGCAAGCUGGGGCAGCUAAAGGACCUUCAGGAGCAUCAGCAGGUGGUGAAGAGGCAUCAGCAGCAGAGAAGCUGGAUGUCAGUCAGUAUGUGCUAAGCGAGAUGCAGGCCCUGGAGGCCGAGCAGAGACAGAUAGAUCACAGGGCUGCUAUUGUGGAGGAGAAAUUAAGAAGACUUAUGGAGUCUGGCACUGAUCGUGAGGAGGAAGAGAAAUUGAUUCAGGAGUGGUUCACACUAGUUAAUAAGAAGAACGCUCUAAUCAGGAGACAAGACCAUCUUCAGUUACUGCAAGAGGAGCAGGAUUUGGAAACAAGAGUUGAACUGCUGAAGAAAGAGCUUAGAGAUCUCAUGGCUGUAGAAGAUUGGCAGAAGACUCAGGCCCAUAAAACCAGAGAGCACUUGCUGCUGCAAGAGCUAAUCUCACUUGUUAACCAAAGGAAUGAGCUAGUCCAUGACAUGGAUGCCAAAGAGCGAGGUGCAUUGGAAGAAGACGAGCGGUUGGAAAGAGGUCUGGAGCUGAGACGUCGGAAGUAUGGUAGUCAGAAAGAGAAAUGCAUAUUACAGUGAAUUUGGAAUAAAAAGCCAUAGUAAGUUAGUAAAACCACCUCUGUGCACUGUGCUAACUUUUACUCUCCUUUAAAGACUUUAAAUAGUUAAAAAUAAAGGGGGAAGGAAUGGAGAACGCAAACUAAAGCAAAUCUUAGACAAUAGAUUUGUUUUGAUGUAGCAUGUUAGUUUAGUCCUGUUGCACUUGGUCACCAAUGAAUUAAAGCUGGUGUUUUAACAGUAUACUUAUUAGUUUUGACCCUGACUUUUGUGAAGAAUGCUGAAAUGAACACUAUACGGAUCAUUUAAGUAGUAAGAGUUUAUAAAAGUGAACAAUGUGGCCUUAUAUUGGACAGUUAAAAUACUA